CAAUGCUACUCUAUCCAAUUCAAUUCGCACACAUCAUCACACUCACAUCUUUUCAUCUCCCAUCAAACAUUCAAGUAAUAUCAUUGAAUAUUUACACAACACAAUCCAAUAAGCCUCUGCAUUCUCACGACAUGGCUGCACCCCAUGAUACCGUUGCCGAUGUUUAUGGACCAGGCACGUAUACCGAUAGAGACUUCAAGCCUGUACCACAGGAGACUGAGCGCAUAUUUCGCAUGAUCGCAUCAGAGACUCCAGGCUUCACCAAAGAUGAGACUCUACUUUCGAAAGUCAAGUUCGAAGGCGAAGAGUAUCCAGUCAUACCCGGUCCUAUCAAAGCUAUCUCAGUGGCUUCCGCUCUUCAUGCUAUGACCGGUGUACUAGCCGACGAAAUCCUAGCCAUUCGCGGACAUGCAUCUCAAGAGCGCUCCAUCACAGUCAACACCACCCAUGUCGGAUUCUGGCUAGGAUCCAUCGCGUUGGCCUACGUCGGAGGCGAAGACGUUCUUACUCUCAUCAGCCAGAAGAAGUUGGGCGCUUUAUAUCCAGACUUUGAGCAGGGCUGGAACGAUACACCUCUCAAGUACAGAACAACGGCGCUAUAUCCCACCAAAAACCCAGAGGUCUGGUAUUCUCUCCACGGCUCUCUGGACAACGCUGCCACUCUCAAAAGCCUUGGCGUAGAUCUCGCACAGCCUCUAAAGUCAAACGAGGAAGCAUAUGAGUUCCUCUCGUCAGUCACACAGAAGAUGUCGCCAGAGGAACUUGAAUUCCACAAUAUCCGAAACGGCUUGUGCGGAAGUAUCUGCUUUACACCCGAAGCAUGGAACACCAGUAAUAUGGGUCAAUCGUUAGCCCGGCAUCCUCUGGUCAACGUCAAGGCCCAACCUCAAGCUGUCCCCACACCCCCGGUUUCUUUCCCUCCACUGAACCCCUCCGACAAGAGGCCUCUAGCGGGCAUCAAAGUCGUCGAGAUGACCCGAGUGAUUGCGGGACCCCAGAUCGGUACGAUCCUCGCAGCCUACGGCGCCGACGUGAUCCGUAUCAGCCCACCUCACCUCCGAGACAUCAACGUAUUGCAAUUGACUUUGAAUGCCGGAAAACGCACAAUUGGCAUCGACCUUCGCAAGAAAGAAGACCACGAAAUCCUACUCAACCUGGUCAAAGACGCCGAUGUAUUCAUCCAGGGCUUCCGUCAAGGCAAGAUGGCCAAGUACGGUCUUGGAGUUGAUGAUCUAUUGCAGAUGGCCGCAAAGCGUGAACGCGGCAUUGUAUACGUCAGUGAGAACUGCUAUGGUCCGGACGGGUACUACGCGGAACGUGCCGGAUGGCAACAGAUUGCCGACGCAGCGGCGGGAUCUGCCUAUGUCACUGGACGCUCACUGAACUUGCCGAACAACGAGGCUGUCUUGCCAUCUCUUCCAAUCUCCGACAUGACCACCGGUCUUCUGGGAGCUGUAGACGCUAUGCUUGCAUUGAAGCGAAGAGCUACGGAAGGUGGCAGCUAUGUCACUCAUGCUGCUUUGACAGCUGUAAACACAUAUGCUUUAAAGCCCGAAGUCGGUCUUUACCCACGAGACGUUGUUGAGAAAACAGCGCAGAAGUUCCAAUUUGGUGAGAUGAGGGGUGCACACCACGUGCUGGACUUGCUCGUGACUGUAUGGGAGGGCUGGAACAGGGUCUUCGGUGGAUCUUAUCUCAAGGAAAACAGUGGGUGGUACCAAAGCUUUGAGAAGAGUGCUUUCCAGGGCCAACGACUGAGCAUUCUCAAGCCGGUUGUACAACUGAGUGACUCGGAUUGUACUCCUGCCUGGAAGACACCUAGUGUACCCUACUGUGCUAGCGAGAAAACGGCGACCAAGUUCUUGUGA